AUGGAAUCGGACAUUGCAGCAAAUUCUGAUACAGUUGAGCCUGUUCAGAGAUUUUCGGCAUAUGUAUCACCAUCUCCCCCAGAUCCUUCUAAAUUGGAAAGACUAGGAUUAAUAGACUUGGAAGCCGAAAAAGAAGAGACAACCAGAGAAUUUGGAGCUUGUCGAUUAGUACCCCGAGAUGGAAGAAUUGAACUUUCAUUCCAUUUAAAUUUAACACGGUUCGCAAAAUGGCCUCCAACAGGCGCGACAAUAAGAUUUCUGGUUUUGACAGAAGAACUGAAACGAUUUUCUAUGAUCAAGAAUGAACACUUUCGAUUCGAGAUUCUGGACAGCAAUCUUGUGGACAGCAAUCUUGUGGACCCAGCGAAGCCAAUUCUUGCCUGUUAUAAGCCUGAAGAGAUGAAUGUCAUACUUUUUGAAGCCACAAGCACCCAAGACCGUUGGAUGAGAAAAAGACAGGAUUCUGCUCCCAAAUGGCUCAUUAAUCAAUGGAGAAGAGUUAUAUGUUGCCAAGGCCUUUCAUUGGUACUGGACCCGGAAAUCAAUUAUGGCGAUUUAUUUUUAUGUCCCUUUCCUUAUCUAAAUUCCGGAUUUCUCUAUGGCGUUCGCAACCCCAUUGAAGAGAGAGGAUCGCACAUCUACAUCUGCGGCUUGAGUGAUGUUGAAAAGGAACUCGGCAUUACCGGGUUGCUCAACAUCGACGAGAUGAGAGGUAGCAAAUCUGCAAAUCCAUAUUACGAUCUAGACAAUGGUUUUCACAUUGUUUUUUACGAGAAGAUUGAGUAUUGGAUGAUGCCUAGUAGCGAAAGCUGGAAAACUGGAAACCUUUACCUGAAGACAGCUGGAGGUGAAGUUGAACCCUUCCGACGAAGCGCAUUCACAAGGGAUAUUGUAGUCCAAAAGUGCAUGCUAACAGCGGAGCUCACCAGUAUUCUUUACGCUAUGAGAUUGGUUGUUAAACGGUGGGAAGAGUUGUAUCAGCAUAUAGAAGGCCUGCUACAUGAAGACUUUAUGGAUCCCGCGACUUACGUCGAACUUCUAUUUGAUGAUGAGAAUUUUAGCCAAUCUAGGUUGUACUUUUGGGUGACUGGGUGUGUCAAUGAAUUUCAAAUUAGCAUCGAAGACAACAUCAAACAAUGGACGUUGUUCCGCGAGGCGCGCGUCGAAUCGUAUCUUGGAAGAAAUCAGGUCGAUGUAUCUCGAAACAACGAUUCAUCUUCAACGUCUAGUAAAAUGAAAAUGGGUAAGCAGAACAAGGUUCUAAGUCCAGCUGAGGAAAUUGACGUUGAGCUGCCUCCUCGAAGUGCCGAGGUCCCUAAAGAAAGUGGAUCCUCAACCUCCUCUGAGAACUUGAGAGAGGAAAGCCAGAAGAAGAUCAAUGAUUUGGCUAAUAGGAUAGAUGUUGAGGUGGAGUCUUUGAUAAAUUGGCAGUCUCAAUUUAAACACCAACAAGAAACAGCACAAGCUUACCGCGAUGGACUGUUCAAUGCUAGUGCUCUCAUGGAAAGCAGGGCAUCGACGCGGCUGGGAGAAAACGUCAAGCUACUGACUUAUGUCAGUAUCUUCUAUUUGCCACUGGCAUUCUGUGCUGCACUUUAG